CACAACUCUCGCUUUCUUUCGACAUUUUUUCGGUUUUGUUUUUUUGUGUUUGCUUUGCGAGAUGGCUGCAUUGUGGAAGGCCAAGUGAAGUGUCGGCAGUUAAUGGUGUUAGUGUAUUUUAAGCUUCACGGCCAAAAGGAUGCAAAUCACUAUGCGACUAUAGGCGAGUCCUUUCAUGGUGUUUUAAUAAAACAAUCAGACGCGUCGAAUCCGUUACAUUGUGUUCGUGUGUGCUUUACCGUUUGAAUGCGUGUUCGUACGUCGUAUCGUGCCUUGGCAUUGCUAACAAAUGCACGCCGCAUUCGUCGGUCGUGUGAAACGUGUUUCAAAUUUGCACGUGUGUCCUUGCGACGCUGACGCUUCCUUCACUCGCAUCUGUUUUCGCACCACAGACACAACGCGUGCAUAUGUAUUGGUGUGCGAGUGUGCGUGUCACAAUAGAAACAUUUGUAAUAAAAGUAUAAAAAUCGUCGGGAAGUGGAAAUGUGACACGUUUUGUGCAGAAAAAAUAUGAAACCGUUAUAUGGCGUAGUGAAAAAAGUUGCACGCGAUUUAAUGCAGGCUUAAAAUAGUCGUUAGGCGUCAGGCAGAUAAACAAAAUUGACUGAGAAAAAUGAUCAACGAAUUGCAAUCAAAACUAGUCGAGUGACACAGAACUGCCAUUUCGUUGAGGAAUGAAGCUUAGGAGCUUUUGAAAAGAAGUUUGAAAAAAGAGCGAAAUUUGAAAUAUGAAUUAAUAGAAUGUUGGUUUGACUCGGCUUUGCAGAAUAGUUACCAAAACACCGCCCGCUCUGGCUCUGGCUCUGGCAGAUAAUUCAAAAAACUCUUGUCAUCUUACUAUGAACAAGCUCAUUGUGUCUCAACGGGAAAAAUUUACCAGCAACUAGCUCAUUGUCCCUCGAGGGAGAAAAAUUUUGGUCCAACUAACUUAAAAUGACUACACAAUAUUUUUUAUUAUUAAUAAGAUACUCCUUCCAAACAAGCUGAAGCUUCAAACUAAAAUGUCUUAGUUCCUGGUAAGGCUUCAAAAAACCAAGAAAAGUUAGCUCAAGGAUUUCCAAAGCAACUCUCCUAGAAACACUAGUCCCUGGUUACCAAACUGUGACACAAAAGCUCCAUUCAGACAAUUUUUUUCACCAGCAAAGUCAUUCUUCAAAGACAGGAACGGGUAGUAAUCACUUGGUUCCACAUCCACACUAUAGGUGGAUGCAUAAGUACCAUCCAAAUCAGCUUGUCUUGAAGCGAAUUUUUCAGCAGCAAACUCAUUUGCUUCAUUGAUAGAAGCAGCUAGUUCACUUGGUGCCAGGUUGGGCUAGAAGUUAGAUGCGCAGAAACCACCCAACCAAGUUCUUAUAGCUUCUGGCGAGUCGUUGUCGAUGUGCUUGGCCUGACAUUGUCCCGAUGGAACAUAUUUCUUCUCAUAUCGGCUAAAGUUGGACGCAUCUAGACGAUUUCUUUUUUUUUUGACGUUUCCGUAGGUCAAAUUGCUUAUAAUACAGAUUCAAAUUAAAAGUUCGGCUGUUGUGGAGCAGCACAUAGUAGAAAAUUCCCUAGCUCCGGAGCUUCUAGCGAGUCAUUAUUGAAGUGUGUGGGCUGGAGUUGUCUUGAUGGAAUACUUAUCGUCUCCUGUCGGCCAAAACUUGCUGUUUCUGGAUGAUGCUGCAUUCUGACAGUCCAAUUGGUCACAAUACAGGUCCAGUUUACGAGUUUGGACGUCGAGCAGCAGCUCAUAAUAGAAAGUGUCCUGGCUUCGGAUUUUUUGGCGAGUCAUUAUGGAUGUGUGUAGCCUCGCGUUAUUAUCUAUGGGACACAUUUCCUCACCUAUUAGGCAAAGCUGGCCGCUUCUGGGCGAAUGAUUAUCAUGGACUGUCUUAUUCGAAACAACAUAGGUUCGAAAUAAGAGUUCGGACCUAGGGGAGAAGCUCAUAGUAGAUAAUUUCCUGCCUCGGGAGCUCCUGCGAGUCGUUAUCGAUGUGCAUGGCCUGGUGUUGUGCCGUUGAAACACAUUGCCUCUGCUUUUGGUCGAAGCUGACCACUAGCUCAAAAGUUUGUUCAAAAACUCGACUUCAAAAACCCCAAAAACCAUCACCUCUCUCGCAGUGGAGCUCAGGAGUAUACUACGCAGAAGUCGUGUAUGUUAGUAUAUGUUAUCUAGAGCCUUCGGAUCAUAUAAGAACCCGAUUUUCCUACGCAUUUCCUACUCAAAGUCUUAUAAGGGAAGUCUACUCGUCGUGAUGCAAUUGGUUCGAAAUUUUGUUCAAGAACUCGAUUUCAAAUAUUCCUAAAACAAUACCUUUCGCGCAGUAGAGCUCAGGUGUAUACUAAGCAGAAGUCGUGUAAAAUUACUUGCUAGCUAGAGCUUUCGGGCUAUAUAUGUAGUUCUUAUAAAAGACAAUAUAGAGCACAAUCCGCUCAGUUACUGAAAGUUCCAUUGAGACCUUAAUUUCUUGGCAUUGAUAUUGAAUUUAAUAUAACUUUCGGAUAUAAUUGUGUUGUAUGUUAAUUAUGGCUGACAGAUCGGGAAGACUGCAGGAAAUGUUUAGAGCAAUGAAGUGUCACUUAACAAGACUACACUGUAAGCAACUUGGGUCCCCACAGUAUGAUACACUGGAGGAGAGACAGAUAGUGAGGCUACAGAGUCUGUUAAAUUUCGCGUUAAGCGCAGGCAUUCUUAAGGAUGAGUCACUGAACUCCAUCUGAUAUCGCAAAGGACCAAAAGGUCUUUGCGUGGUUCAUUGGCCCACCAGAACAACAUAACCUAACCUAAUCUUAUGGCCAGAUGCAUAUCUGCUAUGUUUCGUUUUGUCAGAAAAAUUAAGUAACUCAACCAUAUCUUUUACCGCUAAUACUUAUUCUUACUACUUAUUCUAAAGCAGUUUUCUGGACAUAGAUAGACUUAGCGUAGAUUCAGGCAAGAUUCCCCGUUGCAAUAGCCACCAGGUUAUAAUAGCAUUCAUGGCCCCCAAAGGUUAAAGUAGUGAAAAAAAAUUGACUAAGCCAAUUAUGCAGAGUCAUUUAAAACAAUUUCUUUCUGAACUUGUGCCCUCUUUUUGCUAACCAAGGAGGCGCAGAGAGACUGUAAGCCAACCGCGAUAAAAACGGAUAUCACUUUAGCGACUCGUUGGGCAAGCAGCCAACAGGCAAUCAGCCACUGCGACUUGGCUGGCAUUUAACACAAUCAUUAAAUAAUAACUUGCUGGCAUUUCCAUUUGCAUUUCAUGCACCCCUCAUUCCCCGCUCUACACAUUUCAUUUUUGCAAUUAUGCCAGCUGGACAUUUGAACGCAUAAUGCUGCGGCGAACACUUGUUAAUGAGGCCUGAGCCUAGUAAUUAAAGAACGCUGUCUAACUACAUAACUGCAGCGCAAUGGAUGAAUGCGCCUAAAAAUGUGCUAUAAUAUAGAGUGUAUAGAAAAGUGUAAACUGCAUAAGUAAAUCGAUGUGCGCGCAUGUGUUGCGAUGGCUAGGGCAGCACGCAGCUUCCGCGCGAUUGCAUACGGGACACAAAUAAUUUCACUCGCCACUGUGAGUCGACCAAAAUAGACGUGCGCUAGGUUUUAAGAGUGUGCGUGCGUGUGUGCGUGUCGCGAUGGGUGAACGCAUAGCAGCAGCAGCGGCGACGGCCGUCGGUGCACGUCAUUCGCGCAUCAGUCCAACACCGGGCCGUGGCAGUAAGGUCGCCUAUACGCUGUGUCCGCGCAUGGAGCCGCCGGAUGAGAAGGCGGCGUUGCAGGUGCAGCGGCGCACCUCGGCAGCGAAGGCGCCGCCAAAUUGUGUGGCCAUACCGAUGUCAUCCAUACAAACUAACACAAAAGUUGGUUACGACAAUGCGGCCGGCACAUCGGCUGCAGUGCGCUCGGAACCGAUUUCAUUGUCAGCGCUGGAUCGCGAUUGCUUUAUUAUACCGGUACACAGUGUCGAUCGUUUUUUGCCAGCCGGCAUACCGCUACCCGCCCCCUCAGCUGAUGGUAAAACCAAUAGCCCACUCAGCAUACUAGAGGUCUCCGAUCCGAAAUUAUGCAUACUCGUACAUUUGAUGAGUCCUUUGGAACCGAUUGAUCCAAUGCUGGAGUCACCGCUGUCACAUCCAUUGUUGAAACAACGCGCCGUUGCGGCCGAGCUCGUCUCCGAGGUGCAGCAGGCGAAUACGGCGGUGGGUGGCAUGCUACUGGCCAAUAUGGAGAAGAAUGCGGAUUUUCCAUUUAUAUCGUACUAUUUAAUCAAUACUACACAAACGGAUCCAUCGCACUUUUACUCGGGCAUACGCGUCUCAUCACUAUCGAAAUUCGAGCCGAAAUCACUAAAAUAUACUGCCGCUCAUACCUUGGACUUGUACAGCGAAGUGGCUGCCAUUUGCCGUCCGCCAUUGGUAUUGGCACCCAAUGAAAGUGGUAGCUUCAAGAAGACACAGACGCCAGCAACAGGCUACAUAAUCAGCGUGUUUAAGGUUUUUGAAGGCGAUGACGGUGAACGUUUUGAGAAGAAUUGGCUGUACUGGACGGGAGCGCGUAUGCUAUAUCGUUAUUUGCCACGCGCCGCUGGUCUACGUCGUAUUGCUCUACAUAAGAGCACCUCGCAGCGUGGCGAUAAAAUGUAUUUGUUGGUUUGCGAGUGUGCUGACUUGCUCAAGGAUAUAUCUUCUGCUGCCUUCUUGAUACCCGCACUGCGAGCGCGCCUCUGCGGCUACACGGGACUUUACAAGCCAAUACAAGUGUUCUAAGGUUAUGAGAAAACAUAAAAAAUCAACAACAACAAUUGUCAAUAAAAAAGCAAAAUCUGAGUAGGAAAACAAGAAA